UAUGUAACGCUGGCGGGUAAGCGGACAAAUGAGAUUGGAUGAGGAGCGGCAGUUGAAAAUGUUUGAUGAAAUGUCUGAACCAAAGAGGAAGCCUUCUCUGAGAAGGCAGCUUGUUUUGCCACUGUAAUGGCCGGAGCCAUCUAUAUCUGGAGCUAGCUUCUCUUCUUUUUCCGGCCACAGAUUAACCCUUUGAAGGCUGGGGUCCGGCUUUUCUGAGGUCGAAAGUUUUUGCGGCAUCUUUUCUUGCGUUGUCGAUUUUCAGGCGGCCAAUGGAGACGACGAGUCGGACUACCAUUUAUCAGUUGCCGAUCGACCCACUUCAGCAAAUCUUCACGCGCCUUUCCGUCCGGGAAAUCUGCGCCUGCCGCGCCGUGUGCAAGCUGUUCAAGCAAACCCUAACGUGCCCCUUCUUCGUCCAGCGCGUGGCCCAACGUACCGCCCUCAGCUGGUUCGUCGUCCAUCCGUCGCACUGCCGGAAAUCCCGUCGUGCCUCGCCGGACUCCCUUCUUCACGUCUACGAUGCUGACAGCGAUGAGUGGCUUCGCUUUCCCCUCGAUUUCCUCCCCUUCAACUCCGCCAUCCCCGUGGCCGCCUCCUCUGGGCUCCUGUAUCUAUGGUGCGAAUCGGAUUCCGGCCGCUCGCUUGUUAUUUGCAAUCCCAUCACGCGAAAAUAUAGGGUUUUGCCUCAGUUGGGAUCGGCGUGGUUUCGACACGGGACCGUCCUCUCAGCUGGUUUGCGCGUCUUGGUCCUCAACGAGUUCGUCGCCCUCUAUCUCGCCGACGGGAACCUCUGGCUGAAUUUUUCCGCUGGUUUAUCGUCGAAACCGCGCAGUCCUGUGCUCGUCGGAUCCGCCGUCUAUGCCCUCUGUGACAUCGGCUCUCCGUGGAGGGCUCAAUGGAAGCUUGUCUUCUGCAAAUUGGAUGAAUUGGGGCGAGGCCGUGCCUGGGAUCGACUCGAACGGCGGGAGUGGGGAGAGAUCUUCGACAUCUUGAGACGGCCGCGGCUAAUCCAGGGGAAGGGGGACAGUCUGCUGAUGGUGGGAGGGCUGAAGGCCUCGUUCGCAACCAAUUCCGUCUGCUCGACCAUCAUCAUCCUCCGGCUCGACCUUGCAAAUCUCGAGUGGGAUGAGGCCGGAAGGAUGCCUGGCGAAUUCUUCGACUGCUUCCGUAGCUGGGGCAAAUUCAAGGUGUUCGGAAUGGGGGAUAGGGUGUUCUUCUCAGGGAAGGGAGCGGGGAAAUUGGCGAUGUGGGAUUCUUCGGAGAAGGGCAAAGGAGCUUGGAGAUGGGUUACAGGAAUCUCUGAGAGCAAAGAUGGUCUCUGCCGGGGCUUCGCAUUCGACGCUAGAAUCGACGCGGUUCCAUGAGAAACACAAGCUGCUGGUUAUGAAGAAAUUGUAUGUGGCUCCAAAGAUGCACGGACAACUUCACCAUGAGAAACAAACGUGAAAUCAAGUGUUCUUUUCACUAGUUCUUCGUAUCGUUACUACAUCAGUCCCCGAAGACUAGCAUCUCCAAGAUAUCUCUUUGGUCAUUUUGGUUCUUUACAAUUCCUGCUGUUUAUUGUACAACAUGGUUGCAAACAUGUAAAGAUUCCUGCGGGCUGGAGAUUUUGUUACUGAUGCACCUCUUAAUUUAGUGCAUUCAGGUGCCUUGGAGACUCUCAUUCUAAAUGGUACUUCAACUGGUGGUUGUACAUUAACUGAGUAGGACUUAGUGUGUAGAACUUAAAUUCAUCCCCAUUAUCUUCCAACCCCCAACAAUCCCCCUUGUUCCCAGCAAUGAAUUUGAAAUUUGACAUGGACAAGUUGAAUCCAUAAUUUACCAGCUUUCCCAA